UCAUAAUCUUACGAAGUGACGUCAUCAUUAGACGUCGUGAAUGCAUUACAAAUAAAAAUGAGAGAAAAGGGACGCUUGUCAUGUGCUAGGUGCUCGGCAUCUUUCCCAAACGUUAGUAUAUUGAAGUGUGAUAACACAAUUCUUGGUAUUACGUUAACAAUGUGCAAGACAUGUCACAAGCGGUUCCAUCCAACUUGUACCAGCCAUAUCUCGGCAACACGACCAGGCGAUCGGAUGUGUGACCGUUGUCUGCAUUGCCAAGCGACACUGGUAUGCCCACAAUGCUCCGGUCAGUUUCAAUGCGCACAAUUCUGCGAACCUUGCAACAUUCAGAUACACGAUGGCCUACGGGAAUCCCACCUGGAUCACGUGCGCACGAUGCCGAGUUAAAUAUCGCAAAAAAGAAACAUGUCCUUCGUCAGGGUAGGCAAUAACUGGCGAUAAGACACCUUAUUCCUUUGCUGCACAUUGUGCUUCUUGUUUAAAAAAGGCAGGAUCCUUUUAACAUUGUUGUUCAUACUCGGCUGUUUGUAUAAUACAUUAACACUUAACCUGUUAUAACCGGAAGUGAUUAACAUAUGUUACCAGUAUAGAGUCUGGCCCCACAUCAAACUUUAAAUGGACUGUAGGCCAAAUCAGCAAGUUUAGGGCUGAGAUUGUAACAAGGCUUGAAUUAUUACCGCUUUCAGUAAAACCCUUUUUGACAGAGUGGAAGACACGUCUUUUGUCAAUACUUUUUCUCAAAAAUAUUAAAGCGUUCGGACAUUUUUAUGAUCAGGUUUUGUAUUUUUAUUGUUAUCACUUACAAGUACAGUGAACACACAUCAUAUAUACAUGUACAAGACCAACACUGGGCUAAGUUUAAAUUGUUUUAAUUGUGGGGUGGUCUAUAUAACUUACAAGACGAAAAUAACAUUCCUUUUCUAAAAUACUGUUUUGUUUUAAACAGGUUUUUGUUUUGCUACUUUUUGUGUCAGGAAAAAAAGCUAAAAAAUGUCAAUCGUUUUAUUGUGUUUUGUUUUCAUAAGUACUUGUCAGAAUAUUAAAUUGAUCACUAUUUUUGUAUGCCUUAUUUUGUGCUAGAAAUUAAAUUGACCAAAAUUAUAAUUUUAGUAAUACAUGCAGUCAUGAAAGCAUAGAAUACAU